GCCCGCCCAGCUCCCCGCCCGCAGUUGCAGCUGGGGCUGGGCCGCGGGGGUGAGGCGGCCCCGCCAGGCCUGCCCGCCGCCGGCCCCGCUCCUCCGGGACCGGCGAGCAGCCUCUGCGACGAGCGGGGCCGGGCGGCGGGGAGCUGCCAGCCGGGCCAUGCCGUGUCGGGCGCUCCUCCUCUCCCACCUCCUUCUCUUCUUCCUCCUCUUCCUCCUCGGCUCGGUCGGGGCCUCGGGCGCAGAAUCUUCUCCCCAUUUACCGGCACCAAAGGAUGUGAUGAUUCAUUCCUAUAACUUUCAUAGUUUGCUGAGGUGGUCUCCUGUUAAAGUGGAUGGAGGCUUGGUGUUAUAUACAGUCCAUUUUAAAACAGCGGCCUUUAAACAGUGGGAUGAGAUGAACUGUACCCGUAUCACCCAGACUGAAUGCAGCUUCCCCAUGUCAUUUAAGCAGCGGCGCUGGACUGUUGUUCUGCGUGUGAGGGCUGAGCUAGGGCAAGCGAUUUCUGACUGGGUGGAAACAGAUCCAUUUGUGGCAGAGAGAAACACUACUAUAGGGCCCCCUAAAGUGAACAGUGUGACCGCAAGCUCUGACUCACUUCUCAUUAGAGUCACACCCCCUUUUGGAUUUGAAAAAGGUGAAUCUCUUCAGUAUCAUGUGUCCUACUGGGAGAAUGCAAGUACUACUGAAAAAGAGGCAAAGAUGAGAAGUACACUAUUCAAAAUCGAAAAUCUAAAGGAAUCGACACUUUACUGUUUUAGUAUUCAAGUAGAAUUUAUGUCAAGUUUAGAUCUCCAGUUACUUGGACUGCAAAGCAACCCAGUGUGUUACAGAACUGAAAUCAGUGAGGCAACCAGAGCUGGAUAUAUUAUACUAGUAUUUAUAUUGGUGUUAAUUUUUGUCAAUCUGGUAGCAGUUGGUUUGUUGCUUCUGUGGAGACACCACAAAACAAUUAAAUAUUGGUCUCACCCACCUCUAGAAAUCCCAUCACACUUUGAAGAGUAUUUGAGAGAUCCUAGCAUGCCUGAUUUAGAGGUGUUGAACAAUUAUGCCAAGGAGGACGAGCCCAAUGAUUCUGUAUCCAUUGUGGCUUAUGGAGAAGGAAGCCAAGCCUGGGGCAGUUCAGAUGGCCAAGCUCAUUCACACAGCAUCUCCAGUGACAGUGAAGUAACUUAAGCGGCUCCCUCGUGAGAAUGCCUGUACCAAGUCUUUGCAGAGGCUCCCGCCCAGGAGCAGCACGAUGUGGCUACUGGCAGGCCAGAUGAUGACCUCUGGACAAAAUGCAGCCAUAGAUAAAUGCUGAGUGAGAUGCUGCUUCCGGAGACUCGCACGGACCCUGAGCCUUCGUUUAAAUGGCUUCUGCUGUGUUAGAACAGAAGCUGUGUAUACCAGAGAGACUUAAAAGGUGAAACGUGAAAGUGAAAUGAACACUAAAUUGCCUGAAGACAGACAAGAGGGUUAUAAAAUGGAUAUAGUAACAUCAUCGUAUUUCCCACCCCAAAUUGAAAUAAAGCUUUGAGAAAUAAUGGCACUUUAUAGUAGGAUCUAAUACAACCUAGAACUUCUCUGUAAUUGAACCAACUGCACUGUGAGCGACUUUUAAGUGGCUUUUGUCUUGCUGCCUUAUGGGCGAAGCUGUUAGUACUCAAUGUGUAAUAUACCCACCCCAGUAUGCUUCUCUGCAUCAUUUUCAGUACACGCAGUCUUCUGUGGCAGCUUCUUUCCUCCAGAUAGAAAGAAAUUUUAUAGUACUUUACUCUCCUCAGCAUGAACCUGUGCAAAGGAAACUCCUCCUAAUAGCUGCCUCCUAACACAUUAAUGAGAAGCAUUAAUCUUCUGCUCCUGCAGUGAGACAACUGUUCCUCACAGCAAAACAAACUUCAAAAUUAUUUUGCUCAGAAUUUAUGUAAUAUGUAUCAGUAACAAUCAGACACUAAAAUUUCUUGUUGACUAUCGGAGUAGUCCUGCAAAUGAGAAGUUGCGUGAGGGUUCCGUUUCUGAGUCCCUUAAAACAGAAGACUGCAAGUUAAGCCUCACAUCACAAUCCUGUGGGGUCUGGAAGGUGUCUAAUAAAACACAAAGAACAAAUAAACCACUCCUGUAGUAAAAA